GUCGUCGUCGUCUCCUCGCUAUGUUCUCGCUCGUUCAUCCUUGUGCUGUUGGUCGAGAUACUCGUGUCUGGUAUCUGCCUUCGUGUCAUCAUAUUCUAGGCGACCGCAGUCUAUGUACUCUGGAGACCUUCCUUCUUUUCUGCUACCCUCUUGUCCUUGUUGCACAGAGCGAUGGUACGGCCUGGAGACCUAGCGUCUGCCUGGUGACAUUGUUUCCAGCUGUUCUUUCUCCGUUCUGAACAACCAUCUGGACAACCAUGGCGGCUCCCGGCACAUCGGCAUCUCUGUCAGUACAACGGUCCGGAGAGGUCUCGGAAGUCACUCGUGAGUUCAAGGGGGAUCCCACUUCAGGCAGCGUAUCAGCCUUCCUUCUGGGGACUCUCCUUUGAUUCUCGUUAUAGUAUAGCCCUGGGAAACUAACACGCUUAUUUCUGUACAGAACUUACGACUUUCCCUGAUGACCUCCGGUCCAUGUGUCGCCAUCAUCUCGACCUUCCGUUUUCGGAGCAAGUACAAGGUAUCGUCCGGAUUAGGAAACACCAAGUGAACGCCCGAAUGAAGUGUUCAACUGCGUCUAUGAUGGACGACGGACUAGCCGAUUACAAGGGGCACUCCCAAUCCGUUGACAAGCAAGGUACGCGGAGGAUGGAUUAAAGUAGCCUGACGGUGGAGUACGUCCCGUUAGCAGUCGCUCCUCCGCUGCACUCCCUCGACGCUCGCGUCCCCGUGUUCCAACUACCUGCUCUUGUACUGUGUACGCGGUAGCUGCCUCUGAAUACACUUGAUCUUCGUCCCCUCAUCUGCACAAUGGUGUCUCCUGUCGACGAGGCGAUCAUCACCGGAUCGUUCUCCAUAUUCGGUGCCUGCCUGAUCAGUGUUCCCCUCUAUUGGCAUUUGGAAGCAUGGAACGUCGGAUGCGUCAUCUACAUAUUCUGGGUCGGUCUUCUCUGUCUGUUCAAUGGCGUCAACUACAUCGUCUGGAGAAACUCCGCGAUUGACUUCGCCCCCGGCUGGUGCGAUUUCUACAUUCGCUUCUACAUUGGUGCAUCGAUCGGCGUCGUUUGCGCUUCACUCGUCAUCAACCGCCGUCUGUACCAUAUCGCCAACGUCUCCGCGGUGUCGAUCACUCGCGCGGAUAAGCGGCGAAACAUGAUUACCGAUCUCCUUAUCGGACUCGGUAUCCCACUCCUCUCCAUCGCAGUCUACUGGUUCUACCAGGGUCACCGGUUCAACAUCCUCGAGGGCAUGGGAUGCCUUGAGGCGUACCCAAACACAUGGCUCGCACUCAUCCUCUACUUCCUGUGGCCCAUCCCUCUCGGUCUGGUUUCCGGGACAUACUGCAUCCUGACCCUCCGCGCGUUUUUCAAGCGUCGCAGGCAGUUCAACGAGCUCAUGGCGUCGAACAAGAACUUGACCUUCAACCGCUACUUCCGCUUGAUGGGUCUCGCCUCCAUCGAGGUGAUGUUCACGAUUCCCCUGACGAUCUACAACAUCGUCUCGAACUUCAAGCAAGACCCAUACCCGUGGCGCGGCUUCGCGGACCUCCACUCGGGCUUCGGCCGCGUCGACCACGUCGCCGCCAUCAGCUGGCGUUCGGAUUCGGCCACCGUGUCGCUCAUGCGCUUCAGGGCCUGGGUCCCCGUCGCGCUCGCGUGCACAUUCUUCUUGUUCUUCGGCCUCGCCGAGGAGGCGCGCAAGCACUACAAGAUGGCGCUCUCGUCCGUCGCGAAGCGCGUCGGUAUCACCACCUUCGACCGCACGGCGAGCACCGGCUUCAGCUCUGCGGGCUCCAAGUCGGGCUUUGGCAAGGUCACCAUCCCGACCUUCAUCCAGCCCAACGCGAGCAUGCGCCGCGGCUCCAUGGACAGCUUCUCGGACAGGCUGUCGACGAACAUCUCCAUCAGCGAGGUCGAGGAGAAGGCGGCGUACUCCCCCGGAGGCAGCUCUGUGGGCUCGAGUACUUACAUCUCCUCGCCGACCGACUCGGAGAAGGCCGAGAAGAACGCGCAGCCCUCUCCGAUCGCGUUGUCCGUGCCGACCAUCAACUUCCCCAAACCUCCACGCGCAUACCGCCCCGCCUCGCCCACGCCGUCCCACGACGACCGCGGCGACGCGGAUGUGCCUUCAUCGGUGCGCCCGAACUCUGGCAUCGACAUGGUUUGAGCUCCCACAUCCGGACUGUUAGGCUCCAGUUAUAUCUCCAUCCCAUCUCGCGAAAACCUUUCUACUCAUCGCCUCGCCUCCUUUCCGCUGCGUUUCCUCUCCACCAUCUGCGUCUCGGUUCGGAUUAUGGUUCUUAGGUCGCCUUGCCCCAGGCACAACUGUAUUGUUAGCACACCCGCAUACCCCCCCCCACACAUUACC